GGUGUUCAAAUAAGAGAAGGUGCACAUGGGGAUUGACGUGUGUUCAGUUCCUUUCUUGUCUUUCCUAAAAGUCUAACAGGAUUCUCUCUCUGCCCCAAACAGGGGAGGAAGAUGAUGGUCAGAAUUCUACGUAGAGGUCUGUGAAAUCAGUGGGAAGAGCAGAGAAGCCAUUUAAAUGCAGGGAAUGUGGAAUGUGCUUUAGUCACUGUGGAAGAAUGAGGAUACACCGACGAAUUAACACGGGGGAGAAACCGUUUGAAUGCAUGGAGUGCGGAAAGAGCUUUACUGAAAGUGGUAAACUUAGAAUACAUCAACGAACUCACACGGGGGAGAAACCAUUUAAAUGUAUUGAAUGUGGAAAGAGCUUCAGUCAAAACGGAGACCUUAGAAUACAUCAACGAACUCACACAGGGGAGAAACCAUUUAAAUGCAUUGAAUGUGGAAAGAGCUUCAGUCAAAGUGGAAACCUUAGAAUACAUCAACGAACUCACACAGGGGAGAAACCAUUUAAAUGUAUUGAAUGUGGAAAGAGUUUCAGUCGUAGUGGAGACCUUAGAAUACAUCAACAAACUCACACGGGAGAGAAACGGUUUAAAUGUAUUGAAUGUGGAAAGAGCUGCAGUCGUAGUGGUCACCUUAGAAUACAUCAACGAACUCACACAGGGGAGAAACCAUUUAAAUGCAUUGAAUGUGGAAAGAGCUUCAGUCAAAGUGGGACACUUAGAAUACAUCAACAAAUUCACAUGGGGGAGAAACUAUUUAAAUGUAUUGAAUGUGGAAAGAGCUUUAGUCAUAGUGGAGCCCUUAGAAUACAUCAACGUACUCACACGGGGGAGAAACCGUUUCAAUGUAUUGAAUGUGGAAAGAGCUUCAGUCAAAGUGGAAAACUUAGAAUACAUCAACAAACUCACACGGGGCAUAAACCAUUUAAAUGUGUUGAAUGUGGAAAGAGCUUCAGUCAAAGUGGAAACCUUAGAACACACCAACUAACUCACACAGGGGAGAAACCAUUUAAAUGCAUUGAAUGUGGAAAAAGCUUCAGUCAAAGUGGAGCCCUUAGAAUACAUCAACGUACUCACACGGAGAAACCAUUUAAUUGUAUGGAGUGUGGAAAGAGCUUUAGUCAAAGUGGAGGCCUUAGGAAACAUCAGCUAACUCACACAGGGGGGAAACCACAGAUGUAGGGAAUGUGGAAAGAGCUUAAGACGGAGUGGAGACCUUAAUAUUCCUAAGCAAAUUCACAAAGGUUAAAAACCAUAUAAAUGUAUGCAACAUUGCACUCAAUGUUCACUAU